GCUAAUUUAAAGCUCAUUAAAGCUGCCAUGCCCCAUUCCGUCCUUGAUGCUACAUUCACGAUUAUGAUCCGCCUUGAUCGAGCGAAACACUCAGAGCAACGGUAUCUGAACAUCGAGUCGGCCACUGGCUAUAUAGCAGCCAUUCAUCCACCAGCACGCUUCCUUGGCGCCCUCAUUCGAGGCUGCCAGUACUGCAGAUACAAUUUGACGAGGUCCGCACUAGCACUACUCGAUCAAGCCACGACGAAAGCACACCGGUCCGAUCGCGUCGCACAAAGAUGGCGCUAUACCUUCCGAACACCUCCUCAUCGGAGGAUGCUGUAGUAACACAAAUGUCCGCUGCUGCUGAACACGUCGCGGAAACGACGAGGCACCAGAGUCGUCGAUGCUCCCUCACCAUCCUCGCGCCAGCACUGCAAGAUCGUCCUGGUGCGCCUCGAAGCAAGUCUGCUUGCGCUGUAGGCUGGCACAGCGUAUCCGACGAUAUCCUUGUGCCCUUUCUAGAUCGGCCCUGCGAGGUGCGCGGUCUGUUGCAUCAGCCAAUCAAUAGCAGCCUCCUCCAAUCCCUCCGAGCUUGUCGUUCGGAAUGGCCCAAAUUGCAGCAGCUGCUGUUCGACUCUCCCCGCGAUGAGCUGAAUGACUGCGCUUGGCUGCACCAAAUUCGUCGCCUGCUGGCCGCUCGCGAUGCCAAGCUGUUUGCCGAUCUUGUUGCCUGCCUUGGCGCAGAGCAUCUAGAUUCUACGCGAGUGGACCUGGUGGAUCCAGCACGCCUGUCCACCUCGGCCACCAACACGAGCUCAUCGUCGCACCUCCAACACGACAUUUGGGCUCAAGCGGGCCAUGACGGAGAUGAAAGGUACGAAAGGCCAACCUGGCACACUCGACGAGUGUCGUUUGCCGACGAAGAGCCUUCGGGUAAGUUGGAAGUGGAGGUUCUCCAAGAAAUCCCUCAAACCUGGCAGCUGGACUCGAGAGAGGUGUUGCCUUAUGAACAAGCCUUCCUGCAAAGCCCAAAGCCUUUCCACAAGCGCAGUUUGAGCACCGGUGGUAGCGCCCACUCUCUGCCAGACAUCGACGAGGAAGCUGCGACUGGUGCGUCGCACAAGGAUCGCCCACGCAGUAUCAGUCUAGUCGGCACACCCAAUGAGCUCAAUGAAGUGCUGCAAAAUGGCUACCAGGCACUGCGCUUCACAUCAAGCGAAUGUGAGGAUGGGCGCGCGACUGUUCAACAUGAUGCAGAGGCCUUGCACACACCAGCGCCUGCUCAGAUCAAACGUCACAGGCGCUUUAGCGACUUGUUCAAGCCGCUCACUCCUAUACACCCCGAACCGCAGCACUCGUCUCUCGAUCAACCCACAUCUUCAAAUCAAAAUAGUGUCACCGCUAGCGCAAGCGACCGCAAAAUCGAGGCGCGCACUGGUACUCUGGGCGUACCGCCCGCUGCUCGACGUCGAAUGUCCUUUGCACGCUCAUUUGGCGAAUUGAAGCCCGUCGUACGAUCGCGCAGAAACUCGCACGCCUCCAACUUCGAUAGCGCCUCAGCGCCUCCGUCUCAUCGUCUUCUCGCUCUCGAUGCCGACAAUGAGAAGCAUCCUCGUCCGUUGAUUGAGCGCAUCGCAGAGCUGGAAGAGCAAGGUGUGGAAAAACCAGCCUGGCUAGGAAUUUUGCCCGAUGGACGUACGCGACAUCCCAGCGCUGGAGCUAAGGCGGCUAAUCCUGCUCUAGCUGCUUUUAGAGCUAGUCUGGGAUGGCCCGUCACCGCUCUGAGCCGGCCGUCCUCGAGAGGUGCAUCCUCGAGCGGCGAGAAUUCGAGCCGAAGCGCUUCUCCGGCCAAGCUUGGUCAGAGCGUCGGGCCUGUCGCAACGGAACACUCUGGUAGAAAGGACGUCCGGGCAUCACAGGAUCAGGAGCUGAGGAGCGUAGCUGGCGCGGGACCCGAAACCGAAUCCAAGACAAAGGCUCAGGGCUUCCAGGAUCGAAGGGGCACGGUCCUCCAUGAGGCCCCACAUCAUCGGCUCUCAGGUCUUGCGCAUGGUGGAGGUCUUGGGAGUGCAAUAUCUUUGAAGAGAUCUGGUGCUCUUUAUUCGCAGCGACCACGCGCUUCGACGGUCUACAACGAUGGCACGGGUGCCGCUGCAGCCACUGCUUUUGAGUCACAGAGCAGCAAGUCGCCUUUUCCCUCGAUUCAGCCCCGUUCAGGUGGCUUCGAGUCCUUCAUGGGCGAGCUGCGUCAAAUCAGGAACGCUAGCCGCCGAUCAAGAGCGCUGAGUGGAGGAAGCGUCGACUCCGUACCGCUCUCUUCUGGCUCACAAGCCGUGGCUUCAGAGGAGAGCGAUCAUGAUUGGCUUCACCGCCCCGGCGGUCUUGGCUCUCUCACGAGCCUGCGAAAUGAUCUCGACGGUCGACCCAGCGGUUGGAUAGACGUGCGAAACUCGCAUAGCGACCGCUCUGUCCGCUCCGAGUCCAGUGACAGCGACUUUCAAAACGGCGCGGGAGAGAUGAGCUCCCCAUCUACAUCAGUGGCGAAUUCUCCAGAGCUGGCCAAGCUGCACUGUGCCCCGAAUUUCUCUCACGUCAACAGUCCCAAAUCGCUUCCGCUCGCGGACAGCUCAACGCACGCUGCAGUUACUCGUGCGUUGCCAGCAAGAAGCGACACACAUAUCAAGAGCGCCUUCGCGUCCACCAAAACACCCGCCAAGCUCCUCUUUCCCGUCGGCCCCUCGGACUCGCGCCCCGAUAAAUUUAGAAAAAUGCUGGAGUCUGCAUCGGCUCGAAAAGUGACUGGCAACAUGUCAAGCAUGAGCAGCUUAGGGUCAGAAUCGGUCGAUCGUCUCGUGGCGCUCGUGACCACCGUUGCAAGAUCAGAGCUGGACGACGCAACCCUACUCGCGCGCAUCGGUUCCGAGAUCUUCAUGAUGGUGGAUCACUCGCGGGACCCGAAGAGCGAGAGCCGAAAGCUUGAAGAGCGAGUGCGAGCUGAAGAUCUGCUUUGCGACGAUGAUGAUGCAAAUCGCUUCGAGCUUUUUGAAAAGCUGCUGCACGCCUUUGGUGUGGAGAAGGGCGUCGUUGGAGAGGUACGCGACCGAUUUGCACCCGCUACAGCUCUAUCGCUCAGCCCCUAGCAUUCAUUCCCCCCUCUCGACAAGAUGACCAAGGGCGGCACCUUUCUCGUCUCAAACUCCUUGGUGCGCGUUCCGUACCGAGUUCCUUGUACACUUUCUAGUCUCGUCGCGUACCGAAUCUACACCGGUGAUACAGUUCACCAAAGCUUCAAGAUGUCACCCUCACGACUUUCUCAUGCAUCCCUCAGUCUUCAAAUGCCAACGUCAUCAGGCGCAAGCACGGCCCAUGCACGUAACUCCGGUCGUCCUUCUCUUUACUUUCUGUGCGCACACGUACGAGUUCGUCAUAGUUCAACGAUCCCCGUCACGGUUCCCAAUCACUAUUCAUGC